UGCUCCCAAUUGUACACAGCAUUGAUGCUCGUCAACUUCCCCCUCCAACCUACUUGAAAGCACCGUUCUACCACCUCUCACCACAGUAUACCUCCCCUAUGUACUUCCUUUGCAUCUAAUCUAAGCCUCCAAAAGACACUCUCUCUCUCUAUCUCUACUAUAGGACAAUCAUUAUUUCACAAAGGUCUUCCAAAAAAGACUUUUACAAGCCAAAAAGUUUGGAGUGAGGAGGGAAGGAAAAAAUAGAAAGUGUUUUUUUGAGAGAGGAAGCAGACCAAUUAAGCAAAGGCAAGGAAGGCACGUCACCUUGUUCGUUGUGAAAUCAUGGGUUGCUCAGCCUCAAGAACCAUCACCAUAGUGGCCAACAGUAAUCCAGAUCAGGAUCCCUCUCCUUCUGCUUCUCUUGCUUCUUCUUCUUUCUCUUCCUCUUCUGCUUCACACGUUAACUCCAACAAUUCUUCACCCCCGGUUAGAAGAAGAGCCCUUUCUCUCCCAAUGCCUCUUGUCCAUCACCCUCCCAUCAAAAAGGGCGACACACACCACCUUGUCUCCCUCACCUCCACCACCUAUGGCUCCCUUCUUCUCAUUGACCAAAAAGACCCCAACUUUACCCCAAAAAACCAACCCCACCUCACCAAAACCUCAAACCAAACUGAGAUAGAACACUCACUCUCCCCAGACUCGGUCAUCAACACUUGGGAACUCAUGGAUGGCUUGGAUGAAGAAGAAGAGGAGCGACAAGAAGGAGUUAUGAAGCCUCCUAACACUUCUACUUUAGACAAGCCAAGUUCAUGCAGGUACACAACAUUUGAUGGGUCUGCAAGGAAGAAACUUCUUGAUUCCUUUGAGUCACUGAAAACUUCACAAACAGUAACGGAAAACUCUUCCUCUCCAGCAUCAACCAAGAAGCCACUUUGGCAGCAUUUAUCUGAGGAAGCAUUGCUUGCUAAGUUGGAUCCAAGUGUGGCUUGGAGUUACAGGAGAGCAUUAUCAUCGAGGCAACUUGGUAGAAACACUCUACCUAGAGAUAUCAGGUCAAUGGGGUCUAGCCCUUUGGUAUUUUCUCCUUCUUUUUCAUUUUGUAAGAAUAAUUUGUGCCGUUUGCCUGGCACUGAGGACAGAAUAGUGCUUUAUUGUACUAGUUUGAGAGGGAUCCGGAAGACCUAUGAGGAUUGUUGUUCAGUUAGGAUGAUUCUGAGGGGCUUCAGAGUUGCGGUUGAUGAGAGGGACAUCUCAAUGGAUUCAUCCUAUAGGAAGGAGUUGCAGGAUGCUCUUGGUGGCAAGGCAGUGACCUUGCCUCAGGUCUUUAUCAGAGGGAAAUAUGUGGGAAAUGCUGAUGAGAUGAAGCAUAUGAAUGAGUCUGGAGAAUUAGCAAGGCUGUUGGAAGGAUUCCCCACCCAGGAGCCUGGCUUUGUCUGUGACAACUGUGGUGAUGCCAGGUUUGUUCCAUGCCCCAAUUGCAAUGGUAGCAGGAAGGUGUUUGAACAUCAAGAAGGAGGGUUGAGAAGGUGUCCUGAUUGCAAUGAGAAUGGCUUGAUAAGAUGCCCAGGUUGCUGUACAUGAUUGAUGGCAAUUAGUCCUGUGAAUCAGAAAAGCAAUUCUUGAUCACAAGCAUACCCAAGUUGAUCAUGUUGGUGCUGCGUUUGUUCGUUCAUUGGGGUGGAAUUGACAACCACCAAGAAUGCACCUUUAAGUUUCGUCCUUUGUUUUUAGUCAGUACUCCCAGUUGUUAUUUGUUUUAUGUCAGACUUUGCUUUAUUAGUGUUCAUUACCCUCUGAACAGCAGAAAAUAAAACUGACAAGGUUAUGAGUACAUGCUUAAUUUCUAAUUUCAAGUGUCUUAUC